CUCUCUUCCACUGUGCCACAUACUAGACGUCUCCAAAAGGGUAUUUGGUUAACCUCCCUACCCAAAGCCCUCCGCAUGAUACAGCUCAACCUUGUCUCUCUACCGGGAUGAAUAGCGAAAAGAGAGCCUCUGUUUUUCUGUUCUUCUUGGUCCAUUUCUUCUUGGUAUCUGUCCUAUUGGCAAGGCAAUUAGACUUUGCACCUUAUUUUUUCGAUAAUGGACCUAGCAGUUCGAAUGGCAACAUGGCUUUGUUCAGCAUCUCGGAGGAUACACCAAUUGGAACACAUGUAUAUGUUCUGAAUGGUACAGACCCAGAGGGGGAUGAAGUACAAUAUGGGCUGGAUUUUGAAAAGGGCUCUACAGAAUACUUCAAAGUGGACCCUAAGUCAGGAUAUGUGACCCUAAUCGAGGAACUAGAUAGAGAGGAACAAGAUGAACUUUCAGUGUUUGUCUGCAUAACUGAUGGUCGGAAUAAGGUUAUUGAGACAAUAAGGGUGUUUGUCACUGACUCCAAUGAUGAGCGACCAGAGUUCCAAAAUAUGCCUUUUGUCAUUGCUAUCCCAGAGGACACUCUCCCUGGAAGUAGCAUAUACAAAGUGCAGGCAGUGGAUAAGGACAUGGGUUCAGGAGGCAGUGUGUCCUACUACUUACAGAGUUCGCCCACCACCAAGUUCACCAUUGACGGCCACAGUGGGGUCCUUCGAAUCAAACCCGGAGAGACCCUGGACUAUGAGACCACGCCAACACACUUUAUGACUGUGAUCGCCAAGGAUGGGGGUGGGAAGUUAAAAGACAAGCACCAGGUGAUGACUUCCACAGCCACUAUCACCAUCAACGUGAUUGAUGCCCAAGAUACAUCGCCAACCUUUAUUGGCACCCCUUACUUUGGAUAUGUCUAUGAAGUCUCGGUUCCUGGCACUGAGAUAUUAAUUGUGUAUGCCAAAGAUGGAGAUCAAGGCAAUCCUAGACCUAUUCAUUAUUCCAUUGUUAAUGGUACUGAUGGUGUGUUUGCUGUGAACGACACAAGUGGCUGCAUAACUCUUCUUGCUUAUCCAGUCCAGUUGAGAAAUGAACUGUAUGAAAUCAAAAUCAAGGCCUCGGAGCUGGGACCAAACAAUGAGCUGUUGGACCACACCAUCACUGUGGUGACAGUUCGAGUGGUGGACCUAAACAACCACCCUCCGACCUUCUACGGGGAGAACGGGGCACAGAACAAGUUUGAGGUCACCAUGUAUGAACAUCCCCCAUCUGGAGAGAUCCUAAGGGGCUUGAAGAUCACAGUCAAUGACUCGGAUCAGGGAGCUAAUGCGAAGUUCAAACUGAGGCUGGUGGGCCCAGGCAGAGUACUGAGAGUGGUUCCUCAGACAGUACUAAAUGAAGCGCAAGUCACCAUCAUAGUGGAAGACAGUGCUGCCAUCGACUAUGAAAAAGGCUCAAUCCUAACUUUCAAGCUGCUAGCGGUUGAGAUCGACACACCAGAGAGGUUCAGUGCAACAGCUGACAUUGUGAUCAACCUUCUAGACACAAAUGACAACAUCCCUAAAUUCAUAUCCAAGUAUUACAUUGCCAGGAUCCCUGAAAACUCCCCUGGGGGCUCCAAUGUUGUGUCUGUGACGGCAUCAGAUCCAGACUCAGGCCUUUGGGGGGAAGUCAAAUACUCAAUUCAUGGAUCAGGAUCUGAUUUGUUCCUGAUUCAUCCAUCAUCGGGAAUCAUAUACACACAGGCUUGGGCUGCUUUGGAUGCAGAGGUCAAGUCAAAAUACAACUUUUAUGUAAAGGCAGAGGAUAUUGAGGGGAAAUAUAGCUUGGCCGAAGUCUUUGUCACUGUCCUAGACCUCAAUGACCAUUACCCAGAGUUUGAUGAUAAAUUCCUGGAAAAGACCAUGAUCAUUGGUGCACCUGUCAAAAUAGAGGCUGUGGAUGAUGAUGCAGAGUCACCUAACAAUGUCAUAGAGUACUCCAUUAUGAAAGCAGACCCAGACAACAUAUUUGACAUCAACUCAGAAACAGGCGAGAUUAAGCUCAAGCCAUAUAUCAAGUCCAUGGCGAUUGUCCAGAACAUCACCAAGCAGAAGGAUUGCAAAUGGUCUCUCUUGGUCCAGGCCAGAGAUGGAGGAUCUCCGUCUUUCAGCACAACAACUGUGGUGAACAUUGACAUCACUGAGGCCAUCAAAGAGAGAGUUAUUGCAUACUUCUUGGGCCUCAGCAAGCGUCCUGCAACAGUUUUGGGGAUUUUUUCAUGCAUUGUCGGCAUCAUCAUCUUACUAACGAUCUGUAUAUCUACUACCUUGUACUGCAAAGCAGUGAAAAAGUCUCGUAUUAACCCUGAGGGCAGUUACAUAAAAGUAGUUCGCAGGCACAAACCAUGAGAGACCGUCCAUUAUACCGUGCAGUAUAUCUCUUUAAUAUUAUACUGUAAAUGUCUGAGACAUUUGAAAUACUUGACUUACAUUGAUAAUUAUUUGUAUUUAUAUUAAGAAUGAUAUCUAUUUUUCUAUUACUGUCUGUAAAAAAGUACUGGAGCACAUUAUGUACUGUAGAAAGAGCAGAAAAUCAGUUUAAUACAUUUUACUUUUAUUUUCUUAAAAAGUGUCAACUAUCUAUCAUACCCAAUUCAAUACAUCAAAAUCUUUUUGUUAUGUCAUCUUUUUAAAAACAUGUUGUUUUGGAUGCAUUCCUGAUAAUUGUAUUACCAGAGUGAGCUAUAGUUUUCAUAACAGUUCAUUCAAAACAUAGAUAAGUUUGUCCAUAUUGAAACGACGAAAACAGAUUAACUGUCUUUACGACAAAGUGACUUGAACUCAGGCUUCACAGUCACAGUCAUCGCAGUCCCGUUUUGUCAUAGAGAACUGUCCAAAUGCAGUGCAUUGCCAGAAGCAUUCCCAACAACCAGCAGUGUGCAUAGUGCUUAGCUUCUCUAAUCAAUUCUCAUCGAUUCGGCUGGAGACAAUAGAUUGUGAAGAGUGUGUGUGGUUGUGUUAUGUAUGCUUGUAAAGUAGUAUUACUAAGCAGUUGUCUUUGCUUGUCAUGCUGGCAUGCUUUGGUCAAAUGAUGACUAAAUCUUUCCUUUCAGUCCAUUGGAUGUAUUUAAAGUAUUAUCUUUGUGCUCUUUUACAGACUCAACUCAAGGGGCCUAUGGCAGCCUUUUUAAUGCAAAGUAGGGACAAUCCAAUGAAAGCCCUAGGCAUGGUCACAGGUAUCAUUAGCAUAUUGGUAGGGCUGACUGUUUUCAUCUCCACGGCUAUGUUCAUG